AUGUCCGACACGACAUACGAUAAGGUUCCAACGGCCGACUCCGAGUUCCGUCAAAACGCAGGAGACUGUCCUCAUCAGGAGGAAAUAAGCUCACCGGCACCUAAAUCACCACUUCGUCGUCACUCCCUGGAAAUCCUCUUAGCCGCAAAUAUUGCCGUCGCCCUCGUCCUUCUUAUAUGCUGGGGAGCAUUUGUUCCCCCGCCAACAAACCUCAAAUACGAGAGUGUUACACCUGACAAUAAGUCGUAUCCUUCAGGUCAGCUCACCUGGUCGCAGCACUUUGAGGCAAUUCCUUGCGGGAAGUCUCCAGAGGAAGCUCAGGCCCGGGGGUGUCGUUUCGACAUGCUCGCAACCGCAUGGCUUCCUCCAAGAUGCAUUGACGACGAACUCGUUGAUGAAUUCAUGAGUUUAGGAGACUGGGAAUUCUACACAGAGAUGCACGGAAGCAUCAAGCACAGCUCAUACGAACCAGAGAUUUUAGGAUCUUUCUCCAAGCCAAAGUCUAUCUGGACGUCGAGAAGCUGGCAUCACAUGCACUGCCUUUACAUGUGGAAGAAAGUUGUGCGUGCCUUGGUCAAAGGUACGCCGGUGGAUGCAGAGACGGUCUCGGGGCCUCACACACACCACUGCAUGAAAGCUAUGGAGGAGGUAGUCUUCGGGCCGCAUCGUGACCCGGAUGAGAUUGAAGUGUUUUUGGAAAUUAUUUACCCGCCAUGCUGA